AUGGCCUCACGGCAGGAAGCCGAGCUCAAGCAGCAGGGCGCCAUCGAGGCCGCACAGGACCCCAACACCAACGUGGCGCCCGCGGAUGCCGAGCAGAAAGUGCUCGACGAAGCCCGCAAGGCCGGCGGGGCCGCCCUGGCCUUUAACCCCGACGCCUCGCCCGCCGAAAAGGCUGCCCAAGCGCGCUCUGACGACGGUUCUCCCCCAGACUAUGACCUACCGCCGCCCUCCAAGGCCGGUGCCGUAGAGCCGCCGCCCGUUUCUCCCACCGCCAAGUCGGAUACCAGUGCCGUGACCGCCCCAGAGGAUGACGAGACGAAGUGGGAUCGCGUUGGCUGGGCCCCACGCUUCGGCAUGCCUGGUGGACUGGACGAGGACGAGGACGACCGCACAUUGGCAGACCACCAGACGCUUCUUGAAGGCGCAUUGGACGACAAAUUCUUUGGAGACUGGUACCAGAACGCCGGUAUAAUCAUCUUCUCAUGCCUUUCUUCAUGGGUUGUGGCCGUCUUGGGCGGUGGCAUGGGCUGGCUGUUCAUCGUCAUGGCUUUCUGUGCAACCUACUACCGCACUUCGAUCCGCCGCGUGCGGAGAAACUUCCGGGAUGACCUCAACCGCGAGAUGGCCAAGGCCCGCUUGGAGACGGACACUGAGAGUCUUGAGUGGAUCAACAGCUUCCUGGUCAAGUUCUGGCCCAUCUAUGCCCCUGUUCUCUGCAGCACGAUCGUUGCAUCUGUUGAUCAGGUGCUCUCCACUUCAUGCCCCACCUUUUUGGAGAGUCUGAGGAUGAAGCUCUUCGUCCUCGGCACUAAGCCGCCGCGCAUGGAGCACGUCAAGACCUAUCCCAAGGCCCAGGACGACAUCGUCUUGAUGGACUGGAAGUUCAGCUUCACCCCGAACGAUGUCUCGGAUCUCACGGCUCGUCAGAUCAAGAACAAGCAGAACCCCAAGGUUGUUCUCGAGAUCCGCGUCGGAAAGGGCGUGGUCAGCAAGGGUCUUGAUGUCAUCGUUGAGGACAUGGCCUUCUCCGGUAUCAUGAGGCUGAAGGUGAAACUUCAGAUUCCUUUCCCGCACAUCGAGAAGGUCGAGUUCUGCUUCCUUGAGCGCCCUACUAUCGACUAUGUCUGCAAGCCUCUUGGCGGUGACACUUUCGGUUUCGAUAUCAACUUCAUCCCCGGUCUUGAGACGUUCAUUCAGGAGCAGAUUCACGCCAAUCUCGGCCCCAUGAUGUACGCGCCGAAUGUCUUCCCGAUUGAAAUCGCGAAGAUGCUGGCUGGCAACCCCGUCGAUCAGGCUAUUGGUGUGCUGCAGAUUACUUUCCACGGUGCUCAGGGCCUGAAGAACCCUGACAAGUUCUCCGGCACUCCCGACCCCUACGCGACUGUUUCGAUCAACAACCGGGAGGUGCUUGGAAAGACCAAGACUGUGUUUGAGAACGCUAACCCGCGCUGGAACGAAACUGUCAAUGUCAUCGUUACUACACUCAAGGAUACGCUCACUCUGACGGUCUACGACUACAACGACAUCCGCAAGGACAAGGAACUGGGUAUUGCAUCCUUUGCCCUUGAGCAGCUCGAGGAGAACGACUUCUACGAGAACCAAGGCCUUGAAGUCCUGUCCAACGGCAGACCGCGCGGUAUCAUUCAGGCAGACAUCCGUUUCUUCCCCGUUCUCGAAGGCUUCAAGUCCGAGGAUGGCACGGAAAUGCCUCCUCCGGAGUCUUCUACUGGUAUUGCCAAGUUCACUGUUGAACAAGCGAAGGAGCUUGACAGCAGCAAGAGCUUAAUCGGUCAACUCAACCCUUACGCCGUGCUCCUCCUGAAUGGCAAGGAAGUCCACAUUUCCAAGAAGCUCAAGCGCACGAACAACCCUAUCUGGCCCGACGCUUCCAAGGAGCUGCUCAUCACCGAUAGGAAGAAGGCUAAGCUUGGUCUUGUCAUCAAGGACGACCGCGACCUCGCAACGGAUCCCAUCAUUGGCACCUACCAGAUCAAGCUUACCGAUAUGCUCGACUUGAUGGAGAAGGGCAAGGAUUGGUUCAACCUGGCUGGUGUCAAGACAGGCCGCGCCAAGAUGACGCUCCAGUGGAAGCCGGUUGCUCUGAAGGGCGCUCUUGGUGGAUCUGGUGGCUAUAUCAAGCCUGUCGGUGUUAUGCGUCUUGACUUCAAGGGUGCUCGUGAUCUGCGCAACGUCGAGACGAUGGGCAAGUCUGAUCCUUAUGUUCGCGUCUUACUCUCCGGUAUCGAGAAGGGCCGUACGGUCACGUUCAAGAACAACCUCAACCCCGACUGGGACGAGGUCAUCUACGUUCCCGUUCACACAUCCCGCGAGAGGCUCAUUCUCGAGGUCAUGGACGAAGAAAACGUUGGUAAGGAUCGGUCUCUGGGUCAUGUCGAGCUUCCCGUGGAGGACUUCCUUCGUCAGAACGAGAACGGCGAGUACGAGGUCGUCGAGGACAAAACUGUUAUGUCCCACGGUCUGCGCACGAGCCCUACGGCUCCUCCUAAGGGUACUCUCAACUACACGGCCUCGUUCUACCCUGUACUCAACGUUGUCGAUCCCGACGAGGAGGACUCCGACGACCAACGCAGCAGCAUGGAUACUCGCAGAAGCAUGGACACCGCCCGCCCGAGUCUUGACUCGAGGCCUGGCCACACUCCGAAGAGCAGUACCGGCUCCGCGAAGCUUCCUGGUCACACUCCGAAGAGCAGCACCGGCUCCGCUAACAUUACUGAGCGCAGCGAGAAGAGUGACCUUGCUAAGAAGCUCGCCGAGGGUGAGCAAGAGCAGGAGGAUGUCGUUGAGAAGAAACCGGAAGUGCCUAAGAUCACCUUGACGCCUGAGGAGCUGAGCGAGUACGAGUCUGGUCUGCUCAUCUUCAAGCUCGUUGAGGGUGAAUUCUCGGAAACGGACUGCUACCUCGAGGUUCUCAUGGAUGACCAGAUCUUCGCGAGCUACUCCAGCUCGAAGAUCAGGUCGAAGCACACUACUUUCAACGAGGUUGGCGAUGCGAUGGUCCGCGAACUCGACUUCUCGCGCAUUACCCUACGUCUUGUUGAGCACCUCGACAAGAAGGGCGAAGGCGAGGACGAUCACAUCAUCGGAAAGCUGCAGGGAUCUACUCUUGAUACACUUCGUCGCUGUCUGUACACCCCUACCGUUCUCACCUUCCACGACAAGGAUGGCAAGGAGAACAGGGUUACCGUAUCCCUCAAGUACCUCCCUGUUAAGAUGCGCUUGGAUCCCUCCGAGUCGUUCAACAACAGUGGAAACCUCCGUGUCGACGUUCUCGAUGCCGCGGAUCUUCCCGCUGCCGAUCGCAACGGCUACUCUGACCCGUACUGCAAGUUUGUGCUCAAUGGUAAGGACGUCUACAAGACCGAUAAGCAGAAGAAGACGCUGCACCCCGCGUGGAACGAAUUCUUCGAGGUUCCGAUUAGGAGCAGGACUGCCGCAGACUUCAGAGUGGACGUGUACGACUGGGACUUUGGCGACAAGGCUGACUACCUGGGUGGUGCUGUUAUCAACCUGGACGUUCUUGAGCCUUUCAAGCAGCAAGAGGUCACGCUUGGCCUGGACGGCAAGAGCGGCGCCAUCAGACUGAAGAUGUUGUUCAAGCCAGAGUUCGUUAUGCGUUCGAGGCAAGGUUCGUCGACGUUCUCUGGUACCUUUGCCGCUCCCGGAAAGGUCAUUGGCGCCCCCGUCAAGGGCGUUGGCAAGGGAGCCAUGUUCGUUGGAGGCAACGUCAUCAAGGGCGCAACGUUCGUCGGCGGUGGUGUUGGCAAGGCUCUUGGCCUGAGCAAACGCCGCAAGAGCCGUGGAGCUAGCGCAGACAGCGAUGAUGAAUCAUCAUCGCCACCACCACCUGUGCCAAACGGUAACGGUGCGGCCGCCCCCGCUGGUAGCGCAUCGCCUCCGCCUCCGCAGAUCAACGUUGAUUCCGCAGAGCCUCCUACUACACCGCACUCGCGUCACAAGUCCAUGGGCGCUGCAUCUAUUGCUUCCGGCUUUGGUCCAUCUCCUGGUGGUGCGGAAUCUGGUGUUGCAUCAAUUUCCGUUCUGACCGCCAUGGGCUACCCGCCAUCCGCCAAUGUCCGUGUUCAUGUGGCUAUGCUUAACAACAGGAGUCAGCUGAAGGAGAUUCACAAGACCAAGGACAUCAAGUCUGCCUCUGGCACUAUCGACUUUGACCCUAACCGCGAGACUGUCAAGACGCAGUGCACGGCAGACACUCAAUUCAAGAUCACCGUGAAGGACCACAACAUGUGGGGUUCCGACGAUGACCUUGGCGACCAUGUCUUCUUCCUGGACGACCAGGGAAGCGGCGGCGCGGAAAAGCUCGUCAAGGCAGGCGCGGGCUCAGUCUUGCUCCGCACAAGCUUCACUAGUAAUGACCAGCAGAGCAACGCGGCUAGCAAUAGCCCGAAGAGCAUCAGGACAAGGGGAAUGUUCGGCUCCAGGAGAGACAGGAGCGUGACGCCUAGCGGACACUGA